CGAGAUACGGGGCGUGGCCAUGACUGGCGAUGGCGGAAAUGCGUCUCUGAGGUGCAGUUGAAGAGACGAAGCGAGAGCCGUCGGGCAGGUUUGAUCUGCUUGUGGAGGGCUGGAGUCCAGCUCAGAACUUUUUUUUUCUCCCCCACCCCCCCCUCCACACUUUUUUUUUUUGAGGGGGGUAUAGGGGAGAGUGACUCUCUCCUAGCAGUUUGCAAUGAUGGGCCCUCGGAGGAAAUUAAGCAAGUCCCGAUAUUUGGGGGAAGUAGGAGGAGGAGGUUUGGAUGAUCCACUGAAACAGAAAGAACCAAGGGAUUAUAUAAAUGAACUGUCUCAUGAAGUGCUUUGCCAUAUCUUUAGGUAUCUGCCACUUCAGGAUAUAAUGUGCAUGGAAUGCCUUUCCAAAAAGCUUCGUGAGGCAGUAACUUUAUAUCUGCGAGUUGCCAAGGUAGUGGAUUUGUGUGCAGGACGUUGGUGGGAGUAUAUGCCUUCAGGCUUCACAGAUUCCAGUUUCUUAAUUUUGUUAAAGAAAAUGCCAGAUCUGGAGCAGCUAUAUGGACUUCAUCCCAGAUAUUUAGAGAGGAGAAGAGUUAGAGGCCAUGAGGCUUUUAGUAUUCCUGGAGUGUUAGAAGCACUACAAGCUUGUCCAAACCUUUUGGGUGUAGAAACAUCACAUCUGGAGCUGGUAGAAGCAAUCUGGAAUUACAUGCCUCAAGUUCACAUCCUAGGAAAGUUUAGGAAUAGGAAUGGGGCAUUCCCAAUUCCACCAGAGAACAAAUUGCUCAUUCCAAUUGCAGCUAAGAUCCAGACACUUCACUUAGUAGGAGUGAACGUACCAGAAAUCCCCUGUAUUCCUCUACUGAGACAUCUCUACUUAAAGUGGGUCCGCUUGAUCAAACCUCAGCCCUUCAAGGACUUUCUUUGUGUGAGCUUACGCACAUUUGUCAUGAGGAAUUGUGCAGGACCAACAAACUCCUUGAAGUAUGUUCCCUUAGUGACAGGUUUGGCAUCAGCUAGAAAUCUGGAACAACUAGAGCUGGUACGGGUGCCCUUUUUAGGGGGCUUAAUACAGCACGUGGUGGAGGACAGCUGGAGAUCAGGAGGAUUCAGAAAUCUACACACUAUUGUGUUUGGUGCCUGUAAGAAUGCACUUGAAGUUGACCUUGGCUACCUCAUUAUCACAGCUGCCAGAAGACUUCAUGAGGUGCGAAUACAACCUUCCUUAACAAAAGAUGGAGUUUUCUCAGCCUUAAAAAUGGCAGAGUUGGAAUUUCCACAGUUUGAAACACUGCAUCUUGGAUAUGUUGACGAGUUUUUGUUGCAGUGUAAAAUGAGUCAUUCAGACCUUGUGAAGUAUGGUUUAGCAGAUGUGAUUGAAAAUCCAGGGAUUAUCACAGACAUCGGAAUGAAAGCUGUCAAUGAAGUUUUCUCAUCUAUCAAGUAUUUGGUGAUUUAUAACUGUCCUCACCUCCAUAAUCCACACAACUGGAUUACAGAUCAUUCAAGGUGGAGCAGACUUGUGGACCUUACACUGGUGCGCUGUCAUGCCAUCAAAUUAGAGUCUUUCAGUCAGUUCAUUGAGGCAUUGCCAAAUCUGGAGUUCAUUUCACUAGACCAGAUGUUCAGAGAGCCCCCAAAGGGCUGUGCACGUGUUGGAUUAAGUGCUGGUACUGGAAUUGGAGUCUCUUCUGCCUUAGUCAGCAAUCAGAACUCAAACAAUGACAAUGAUAACAACAACAACAACCAUCAGAAUAAUAAUGCCAACAUCCCUCCCCAAAACAAUAAUGUAAAUGAUAAUGAAGGCAGGGUUGAAGGUGAUGUAGCCGAACAACACAUACAUGCUGAGGAGCUGCAUGAUAUUGAAGAAGCAGCACAAGAAAAUAUGGAGGUUGAAGCUGUAGCUGAUGUUCCUAAUCAUCAAGACAUUCCAGGAUGUAGCCAACCUGUUCAGCCAGUGGAAGUUGACGAGGAACAAGCAGGUCCAAGUGGUGUACAACAAGCAGUGAAAAAAGCACCUGUAGUUGUCCCGGAUUCAGACAGUGAAGAUGAGGAAGAUGGAGAGAGGACAACCAUUGCUACUUCUGAGCGUACAACAGCAGUAGCAUCAUCAUCAUAUGUCUCUAGUGAGGAGAAGCCAGUGAAUGUUGAGGAGCCUGAGAAGCCAGGGAGUAAAGGCAAAACUCCUCUUCGUCGGCGAGGACUUCCAACACAGGAGCAGUGUUGUGAAAAGGGAUGCCAAGUGACCAGUGAGCAAAUCAAAGCUGACAUGAAAGCUGCUAUAGAGAGUCCAGAACAAGGAGCACAUGGUGUAAAAGAUGCUGGGACAGGAAAUGUGCGCACUAGCGCUAGUUGUGUUUGUUCAAUGCACUGGAGAGAUGACUCUAGCAACCACGAAGAUACAGGUGCUGGAGCUGGACGCAGUAAUGAAGGAACAGUACGUGCUCGCUGCACUUGUGGCAGGACUAGAGCCAAUGUGGAAGGCAGUGCUCUUGCAAAUGAACAAUCAAGAGCAGCAACACAUGGAAGCACAGCUACCACUGUUGCUGGUACUUUACACAGGGGUACAGGACUUGAAGAAGGAGAAGUGGCUUUUGAUGCUGAUCGCAGACCUGAAUAUGGCACUGUACAUAUUAAUGAUGAUGAAUCAAGAGAAGAUGGUGGUGUAACUGAACAUCUAGACGGUUAUCCCAGAAGGCCGGUUACUAGAGCAAGUAGCAGGCUAUCACUUAUUCCUCUGGUGUCUGAAUCAGUGCUUUCAAGAUCAAAACCUCGACCAGCAGUAAAGCGAAAAAGAACCGCAGAUAAAUCUACAAGUACAAGUGAUCCUGUUACUGAAGAUGACCAUGUACAGGUUCUCAAUCUUAAAUCGAAAAAUCUUGUUGGAAUCACAUUAACAAAUUGCGGUAUAACCGAUCUAGUUUUGAAAGACUGCCCAAAAAUGAUGUUUAUUCAUGCCACCAGGUGUCGUGUGCUGAAACACUUAAAGGUGGAUAAUGCUCCAAUUGUAAAUCGCUUUGAUUAUGCACAGUGUAAAAAACUGAAUAUUGAGCAAGUCCUUGACCAGAUUUUAAGAAUGCCACCAGAGAGGAACCGAAUUAUUUAUUUACGACCAAUGCAGCAGGUUGAUACACUUGCGCUUGAAAAGAUGAUAUUCAGUGGACCAUAUCCCUAUCAUAUCUGUAUCAUCCAUGAAUUUAGCAAUCCACCCAACGUGAGGAACAAGGUUCGAAUUCGCAGUUGGAUGGACACCAUAGCCAACAUUAAUCAAGAGCUCAUAAAGUACGAGUUUUUCCCUGAAGCUAGUCGAACAGAAGAUGAUGUGAAGAAAUACCCACACUACCCAUGGGGGAGAGAUAUUUACACGUUAGAAGGACUGGUGGAUGGUGCCCCCUACUCACUAAUAACAGACUUUCCAUGGCUGCGCUCCCUCCGGACAGCAGAACCUAACAGUUAUGCACGUUAUGACUUUGAAGACGAUGAGAGCACAACUAUUUAUGCCCCAAGAAGAAAAGGACAGCUUUCUGCAGAUAUCUGUAUGGAGACAAUAGGAGAGGAGAUUUCAGAAAUGCGUCAGAUCAGACGAGGAGUCUUCCAGAGAGUAGUAGCCAUAUUUAUUCACUAUUGUGAUGUCAGAGGAGAGCCUGUGGAGGAUGACUACAUCUGAACAGAAGAUCAGAACUAUCUGUGAUUUGUAGUCAUAUUUACGAGAUGGGUUUAUAGAGAGAGAUUUGUUCUCCCUGCAAUAAAUGCAGCAGUGGUGUUUGCAUCUGUUCUGAUUUUUCAGAGGGCCUGAGGUUCGGUUGUUCCUUUUAGUUUACUACCACUGUGUCUAUAAGAAAAAAAAACUACAAGGCACUGUAUUGGCAGUGCUUUCUUCCACAGGAGACUGUCUUCUUACCCAUCAUAUGUCAACUUGCACAUUUGCAAUUAUUAUGAUCGAAAAAACAAACCAUGUAGUGUUUAAUCCAGAACUGUAUGAUUGUGCAGUGAUAGACAACAUGCUGGUAUUUGAGUGGAUUUAUUUUUUCUUUUGUUGUGUGUAUCUUGAAGAUAGAUCCUAAUAUUUUUGAGGGAAUAACCAUGUAGAGCAGGAAGAGAGAAAAGAUCACUUCAUUUCUGAGUUGGUUCAUUGUUUUUUUUAUUUGCUAUAUUGAAUUACUGUAUUUUAUUAUUUUAGUAUUUAAUUUAUAUCUAUUUUCCUUUUUGAGACAGGAAUGUGUUAUCAGACUUAUGAUUCUGCAUUUAUUUUCAAAUUAUUGUGUAAUUUUU